GCUGGGUGGGGAGGAAGAGCUGCCGGAAGUAGGCGGCCGAGGUGGCGCGGAGCGGGCGCCAGCUGCUAGGGAAACCGAGGCGCGGGACUCGGGCCGGCAGAGGCAGACGGGGCCGUGGUCUGGGCGGCCGGUGCCCGCCGGAGGACCGAGAGCGCCCUGGCCUGGGGCUCGGGCUCGCCGGUCCGGCGCUCUGCCCUGGACGCGGGCCUUUCCUGAAGCCUGCCGGGGGGCUGCGGAGUGGGGGGCGGGCGCGGCCGAGCGGAGAGGAGAGGGGGCGCCGGGCCGGGGCCCUCGGGAGAGCCUCGCCCGGCUCAGGCGGCGCCCCCCGGGCUGGGGGGCCGCGGGUCGUCGCCUCGGAGCUCAGGCAGGGCUUGCUGGGGGCCGGGAGGGCGCGUCGCCCUCUGCCCCCGCCGGCGCCCUGGCCAUGACGGGCAAGUCGGUGAAGGACGUGGAUCGGUACCAGGCGGUCCUGGCCAACCUGCUGCUGGAGGAGGAUAACAAGUUUUGCGCGGACUGCCAGUCUAAAGUUGUACUUCUGUGUGCGCAAGUGGCCAGUUUAAGUAGAUACUAACUUUGAAGAAGUUCUGUAUUGGCCUCUGGAAUGUGACAGUUCAGCAUACCACAUUGAAAAGGGCCACGAUGGGCCUCCUGGAACAUUGGUGUGUUCAUCUGCAUUCGAUGUGCUGGAAUUCACAGAAAUCUAGGAGUGCAUAUAUCCAGGGUAAAAUCAGUUAACCUCGACCAGUGGACUCAAGAACAGAUUCAGUGCAUGCAAGAAAUGGGAAAUGGAAAGGCGAAUCGACUGUAUGAAGCUUACCUUCCCGAGACAUUUCGGCGGCCUCAAAUAGAUCCAGCUGUCGAAGGAUUUAUUCGAGAUAAAUAUGAGAAGAAGAAAUACAUGGACCGAAGUUUGGACAUCAAUGCGCUUAGGAAAGAAAAAGAUGACAAGUGGAAAAGAGGAAGUGAAUCAGCUUCAGAGAAGAAAAUGGAACCUGUUGUUUUUGAGAAAGUUAAAAUGCCCCAGAAAAAAGAAGAUCCACAGCUACCUCGGAAAAGUUCCCCGAAAUCGACAGCACCUGUCAUGGAUUUGUUGGGCCUUGAUGCUCCUGUGGCUUGCUCCAUUUCAAGUAGUAAGACCAGCAAUACAUUAGAGAGAGAUUUAGAUCUUUUGGCCUCGGUUCCAUCCCCAUCUUCUUCAGUUUCAAGAAAGGUCGUAGGUUCCAUGCCAACGGCGGGGAGUGCUGGCUCUGUUCCUGAAAACUUGAACCUGUUUCCAGAGCCAGGGAGCAAGUCAGAAGACACAGGCAAGAAACAGCUGUCUAAAGACUCCAUCCUUUCACUGUAUGGAUCGCAGACGCCUCAGAUGCCCACCCAAGCAAUGUUCAUGGCUCCUGCUCAGAUGGCAUAUCCUGCAGCCUAUCCCAGCUUCCCUGGGGUUACACCUCCCAGCAGCAUCAUGGGGAGCAUGAUGCCCCCACCAGUAGGCAUGGUGGCCCAGCCAGGAGCUUCUGGGAUGGUGGCCCCCAUGCCCAUGCCUGCAGGCUAUAUGGGUGGCAUGCAGGCAUCAAUGAUGGGUGUGCCAAACGGAAUGAUGAGCACCCAGCAGGCUGGCUACAUGGCAGGUGUGGCAGCCAUGCCCCAGACUAUGUACGGCGUUCAGCCAGCGCAGCAGCUGCAGUGGAACCUUACGCAGAUGACUCAGCAGAUGGCUGGGAUGAACUUCUGUGGAACCAACGGCAUGCUAAACUAUGGACAGUCAAUGAAUAGCGGAAACGGACAGGCAGCCAAUCAGACUCUCAGCCCUCAAAUGUGGAAGUAAAAACAAGCUCCUGUUCGGCUGACGCUGGCCUCGUCGCUCCCCUUCUCCUCUUUCCCAGUUCCUCCACCCCCUUUCCCUUUUCCUACCUCUUUCUGUUUGAUUUAGAACUUGCUCAAGGCAGUUCAUCAUUUGGAAUUUGGCAUUCUGCUCAGCCCAGCCUCUUCCCAGACAUGCUGGCCUCUCUGUUGCGUUUUCGUUGUCCAUGUGCCCCUGGCCAUCCUGACUUCCUUUGCCACCUGAGCCCCAGUUCUCUCCUGGCACCAGCACCUGAGGACGUGUUGGAGAAAGCGUUUAAACUGAGGGAAAUGUGUGCGCCGUUGCGUCCCUUUCCCCCAAAGUUAAACCUCCGAAAGGUACACAGGUGUUGUGUUUUAGACCAAGAGGUGAGUGUUCAGAGAUCCUCCUCCGUGUGUUAAUAAGCGAUUUCUGUGUAUCUAAAUUUUGGUUGAAGGAGGCACCAUGCUUCCGUGAUGUGUGGAAAUGAAGAAAAAUGCUGAAGUCAAAUUAAAUACUCCUUGGAUCUCUCAGAUCAGGUUAGCCCUAGCCCUGGGGUGAGGAACACAUCUUCCUGUGAGGAUGAGCAAAAAUGUUCCUAUCCUCUGCCCUGACUUGCUUUCUGUUUCUGAGGCUUCGAGAUGUGCAGCUUCAACCAGCCUGUAUUAGCACCAAAGACUUCACGAAGGCUCCCCGAAAACAUACUCCGCUUCCUCACCUCCACUCUGCCUGUGGUAGGAUCUGGGUCCACGAUCGAAGGGCCUGCCUCUCCAGCGGGAACGCAGAGCUUAGUGUGUGUAUUGCUCGUAUGUGUGUGUGUGUGUGUGUGUGUGUGUGCGCGUGUGUCUGUGUCUGUCUGUGUGUAUGUGUGUCCACCUCCCACUCUCCCCAUUUCCUCUGGAGAUUGUUGUUUUGUUUUUAAGUUUAGGUUUACAACAGAGAGGAGUUAAUUUACCAACAGCUUAAACCUGUUGCCAGUUUUUCUUAGAGUUGAAAACAAUAUUUUCAAUCUCAUUCGAUCACUCCUUUCCUCUUCUUCCCGUACCCCAGUUUGCCCAUCACUCUGUCAUGCCUGUGUGCCCCGGGCUGCGCUGUCUUCCCACCUGUCCCAGGUGUCUGGGGCAAGGAGUCUGGACAGCUUUCCUCUCCGUCAUUGUUCAUCUCACUUGAAAAUUAAAGAAAAAAACUUGGCGUAAAAGAUCUCAUCUGUGGGAACCUCAAUUCCUGGUUGUCUUUCUCCUGUGUAUGUGUAAAUUCCUUAAUAAAUAUUUCAGGGAAGGAC